ACGAGUUUGCGCCAGUCCUCUGGAUGUCCAGCAUCAAUCCAUUUCUUACACUUUACAUACCCGAGAAUCUUCUGUGAAUUGACGCUGUUUUCUCGUAGAUUUUUGGACAUAAGACUUGGCCAAAGAUACUUAUUCAUCUGAGACAUGAAAAUAAGCUAUAGGUUAUUUGGCAAGUCACAGAUUCUUGCAAGGACAGAAUACCAAUACCCUACCUGAGUGAGGAAAAAAGUACUCUACACACAAGAGGUUCAAAUGCCUUUGACUCCCACCGCGAUAGGCACAGAAAAGAGACAUGGAUAAUUGGAGUCAGCUUCAAUCAGCAAACUCCAUUGACGUCAACCUUGGUCACUCACACAAUCAUCAUGCCAAGCUAUCAGACUUUGAAAUCCUGGCUAUAAUUGGGAAAGGAACAUUUGGGAAGGUUCUUCUUGCCAAACUGAAAUCCGACAACAAGUUCUAUGCUGUGAAAGUGCUGCAGAAAAAAAUCGUACUGAAGAAAAAAGAGCAAAAGAACAUCAUGGCAGAGAGGAAUGUGCUGCUCAAGAGUAUGAAGCAUCCCUUCCUGGUGGGGCUCCACUACUCGUUCCAGACCCCAGAGAAGCUCUACUUUGUCAUGGAUUACGUCAAUGGAGGAGAGCUUUUCUAUCACCUUCAGAAAGAGCACUGCUUCUCAGAGCCAAGGGCUCGCUUCUACACGGCUGAGUUGGCCAGUGCCAUCGGUUACUUACACUCGCACAACAUUGUUUACAGAGACUUGAAGCCUGAGAAUGUCCUGCUAGACUCAGAGGGCCAUGUUGUGUUGACUGACUUUGGCUUGUGUAAAGAGGGGAUAGACCCGGAGUCCACCACCUCCACUUUCUGUGGAACCCCAGAGUAUUUGGCUCCAGAGGUGUUGAAACAGCAGCCCUAUGACCACACGGUAGACUGGUGGUGUCUGGGAACUGUACUUUAUGAGAUGAUAUAUGGGCUGCCCCCCUUCUAUAGCCAGGAUAUGUCUGAGAUGUAUGACAACAUCCUCCACAGGCCCUUGAGUCUGCCAGGGGGGGCCAGCUCUGUGGCGUGUGACCUGCUAAUGGGCCUCCUACAGAAAGACCAGCAUCGCAGGCUGGGUGCUAUCGCAGACUUUCUCGAAGUUAAAAACCAUACUUUUUUCUCGCCGAUAAACUGGGAUGACCUUUACCAUCGGAGAAUCAAACCUCCAUACAACCCCAACGUGAAAGGCCCAGCAGACAUGCAGCACAUUGAUCCAGAGUUCACCAAAGAGAUGGUGUCAGGCUCUGUGGGGGUUACCCCUGAAUUCUCCAACUUAUCAACCAGCAGCCCAAAUGCUUUCACUGGAUUCUCCUAUGUCUCCAGUGAUGACAACUUCCUCUAGUGUAGGACAUUCAGAUUCUACAUUGCUGCCACCCAAAAGAGACCAAACUUCUCCCGCCUACUUUGUUAAAAUGCACCCUUACUGCAUUGGCUCUUCAUUCACACAGAGCAAAAAAAAAUGUAUUCUUGAAAAAUAUUUAUGUUUAUUAUAUCCCCUUGUAUGAUAUUACAUUGGAAGUAAAACCUGCAACCUGUGUCGUAUUUAAUUUUCAAUUACUUUGUAAUUUUAUUUGUAAAGGUAUUAUUGUAUCUCAUGCAGAAAUGAACAAUGCAAAUAAAGAAAAAUUUGCAAAUAGGCUAGGAUUUUCAAGGCACUGAUAGAUAAAUCAUUCCCUGAAAUAUAUGAAUGGGGAGUUAAUUGUUAACAUGUGGAAUCAGUUUUGAUGUCAUAAUAAAUAUUUAUAAAUUA